CCAUGUCUCCUCCAGGAUAUAUGCUUGAGCCUGACCAUGAGAAGAGACCAGACAUCUAUCAAGUCUCCUACUUUGCCUUCAAGUUAGCUGGAAAGGAGUGUCCUGUGCCAAAUCUCUUUAACUCUCCUCUCCCCACGUCACUUCCUGAGCCGCUCACAGCCAGCCAAUUCGCUGCCAGGAAGAGUAUGACGAAAGCCAGAAUCACAGAGUCCGUGGGGCCGACGGCAACUUCCAUCACUCCGAGACAGAGACCCAAAGCUACAAGCAGUUAUGUGCUACCCAUUCCUGUAGCAGCCGGCACCCCGGUCGCUGCCACGCCCAUCGGCACCCCGGUCGCUGCCACGCCCAUCGUCACCCCUACAGCUGAGCCUUCUGUACCUGUCAGCAAUGGGCAGAAAGCGACCACCCCAGGGAAUGGGCAUCCGGUGACGCCACAGACAGCCAACAGGGUCCUCCAGCAGCUGCAGCCUGGGGACCUGCGUCUGCAACACCAAGAUCCACUUCACCCUGUCCAUCCACAGCAGCUCCAAUACCUUCAGGUACUACUGAGUCACCCUGUCCAUCCACAGCAGCUCCAAUACCUUCAGUACCAGCAGGCCCUUCAGCAGUCGAUCCAGCUCCAACAGCUGCUCCAACAGCAGCAGCAGCAGCAGGCCCUUCUCCAACAACCGAUGAUGAUGAUGCAGCCCAUGAAUCAGCAGCAGCAACAGACUCACUACGCAGCCAUGAUGCACCAGUACCAACGGGCUUUUGCGCAGCAACAGCAACAGCAUCAACACCAACACCCCACCCAGCAGCCCUAUCCUCUGGAGCUUCCCCAGGGCUCCUAUAACCCUGCUGGGCCUAUGUCCCCCAUGGAGCCUCCAUCCACUAGCACCAGUAGAAGCCCUCUGGUGGACUUCAAGGUGACCACCCCUCCUCCCCAGAGCCUGGUCACCCCCCAGAGCCACCCUCCUGACAUGUCCUGCUGGAACCCCUUCGGAGAGGACAACUUCUCCAAACUGACGGAGGAGGAGCUGCUGGACCGAGAGUUCGACCUCCUCAGAGCAAGUAAACCUCUGGAGAGAACCAGUAGCCAGGAGGCAGACCGGCCGCUGCAGCCAAUCACCCCUGAAGACCUGUUUGGCUCCUCCCCCUUCCUGUCUAGUGCAGGUUCUAGUCUGAUAACUGAUCAGCCUAUUGAAGAGCUCAGUAACCCAGUCGGUGCCCCUGUACCUGUUCCUGUGGGCCAGCCAGCCCUUGAGGAAGUGCUGCAACCUCCGGUGGUAAAGGAGCACAAACCAUGUAGGAGGAGAAACUCUCCUAUUGGCGGCUCACAAACGACUCGCAAACCAGGUAGUGACGAAUCAGACAGUGACUUUGAGUCAGAUCCUCCUUCCCCUAAGAGCAGCGAGGAGGAAGAUGACCCGGACGACAACGAAGGUCUGAACAAUGAGCAUAGAGAGUUCUUCAACGAACUGGAAGAUUUGGAGGAAACUGAGAUGCUGGGACAUAGGCCUCUGCUGAUGGACUCAGAGGCUGAGGAAGAGUACGACAAACACAGCUCCGACUCAGACUAUGAACCCAGGAAGGUUAAGGAAGGACUUACUAGGAAGCUAAAAGGAGGAGUGGCUACUGCCACCCAUGAGGGAAGUCCGAGAUUGGAGUCAGAAGACACACUAAUCACAAUUACGCCUCCCGAGUCACCUGGUAUGGUUGCUGUUAGAGCUUCCCCUUGUGUCGGUGGCAUUGUGGACGUGUUUGGUGAGGAUGUGUUUGGUGCUGUGCCCUUCUUUCUUCCAGCGGCAGCUCCAACAGAAAGCGCAGACAUCUUCUCCGCGGCUCCCUUCAGGCAGGUGAGCCAGGAGGCCAUAGUCAACCAGCCCAGCCAGUUAGACGAGUUAGACGUCUUCACUAAGGCUCCGUUCAGCCGGAACCUCUCCAAAUCUGGCAAGACUGGAAGCAGCGACUUCUCUAUGGGUCGGACUCCGCCUGUGUCCCCUGAAAGCAUCGACCCGUUCGGCUUCUCUCCCUUCCAGCCCGGCCCCACGGGUCUGCCACCAACCACCUCCAGGAGUGCCGAGGACAUCUUCCGUCCAGCCUUGGAGAAUUCUCUCAGCCCCCAGCAGCAGAGGCUGAAGCAGCGUAGCCUCCAGAAGUUGUCCUCGCGUCAGAGGAAGUUCUCUGGUGGCACCAGCGGUGGCAGCAAUGGCAAGCGCCACCACGGCACGCCCACUGGCGGUCGCAAGAACAACAAGCCCGGCUUCCGAACCCCCGAGCGCGUCCGCCGGCACAAGAAGGUCGGCAGGAGGGACUCCCAGAGCUCCAACGAGUUCCUCAGCACCUCAGACUCCAAGGAGAACAUCGGCGUCGGUGGCGUAACGAUGGCAGACGCCGACAAAGACAAAGGGGCUUCCCUGCCUAGCCUUCCUCAUGAGGUCGACCCCUUCGGAGCCAAUCCCUUUGGUCCUCAGGAUGGCAGCCGACUUAACCAGUACCAAGGACUUCUGGGGGACAGCAAGGCAGACAUGGGUUCGGCCAAUGGCAGGCCUCGGACUAGCUCCCUCCAUGAUGCGUUUGGGGAUGGGAACAUCAUGGAUGACUUUGGAGCGGUACCCUUCACAGUACUGGUGGAGCAGCCUGGGCCUGAACAGCAGCCUGGGCCUGAACAGCAGCCUGGGCCUGAACAGCAGCCUGGGCCUGAACAGCAGCCGUCACAGCCAGUAGAGCUGGAUCCUUUCGUGGCUGCACCGUUCCCCUCCAAACAGUGAAUGUCUGCUAGUCUUCCUGCCACACACACUGCUGUGUUACACCAAGCCUAUGGAGUCCCGGGGAGAUAUUCCCUUCCAAGGGAUGUCAACUAGCUUGGUGGUGUGGUAGUUGAUUCUAUUUCCAGCCAAAUUUAACCGCGAUCGGCAACUGCGCUAAUGUGUUUCCAAUGCUCCCCCCCAAAAGGAUAUUUUAAUACAUGAAUACCUGGACUUUGGGAUUAACAAAACCAACAUAAACCUGUGGCUGAAUUUGAUUUCAGGUUCUGUAUGAAUUUCCGUCACCUGUUAGCUGACAAGCCUUUUAUGCUGCGUCGCAAUGCGUGUCUCUGAGACAUGGAGAUCGAUUUUUGGUUUUCACUCAAGAUCAUACUGUCAAACAACAAGAUUGCUCAGUUUUCAGAUCGCUUGAGUUGCUGCAAAAACAACACUUGUUUGUUGUUGUUUGUAAAGAUUGUGAUCUACCAAUAAGAUUUAAUUUAGCACCAUAAAGCCUUAUAAACAUUCUCUGCCUUGCUGCACAGUACCUCGGAAGCCAUUUCCUUAGCCAAAUGGUUAACAUUGCCUUUUGUGUCAACGGAGUGAUUCAUUUCCGAGCCUUUAUCACUUUGUCAUUUCACCCUUCUUAGACCCUUUCAUUUCUAUAUAUUAUAUAUAUAUAUAUAUAUAUAUAUUUUUUUUUGUCUACUUACAGUAGUAGAUAACAGCUAAUUUAGUUUGUUGGGAUUUUUUAUUGCAAUAUGUUCACUAGAAUGAAAGGAUUCAUUCGGGUUUGUUUAAUGUCUUUUUAAAGAUGACUCUUUUUUAAAAAUUAUUUAGGAUUUUUCAUUUUAGGUUUAAUUCCAAGACUUUUAACUUGUCAAUAAGUAAUGUUUUAGUGUGACCUUUUACCUCAAAAGGAUAAAAAAUAAUAAUCAUUAUCAUUUUUGAAUAAGGGGAAAAACACAACCCAUUUUUCCCUACAUGGCGAUAUUGAAUAUAAUAUAUCUGACUACUUCCACCUCUUGAGACAGUCUUCUGUCUUUGGUAACAUAAACCAUGCCAAAUCUCCUACCAUUUACUUGUAGUCUACUGAGAAUCAGGUCAUGUGUCCAAAUUGUUUAAAUUAAUGCACUUUCAGCGUCGACUCUUCCAUUGGCAAUUAUGAAUCUGAGGCUACAGAAAGGAUGUCGCUGUCUGAUAACCCCGUAACACCAUUAUUAUUAUUAUUAUUAGUUUUCAUUCUAUUGAAAGCAGUAACUCUCAGUCUACUCGGAACAUUUCAUGACUCGGAUCAAGAAGCUAUUCAAAAUGGCUUUAGAAGUUUCAUAAUUGUAUGUUCAUUAAGGGGAAAAAUAUGGAUUAAAAAAAUAUAUAUAUAUAUUUAUAUAUUUUUUUUAAUUUCCUGAAAAGUUUGUUUAGGAGACGAGAUGAUUCUCAGACAGUGACGAUAUGUACCAACCUUUGGCACAUUAACUUUGACUGAAAAAAGCUCGUAGCUGCCUUAUUCACCUAGCCUAUGGAACCCUGUGGUUUUCAUUUUUAUUUAAGGUUAAUCUUGUUUUGUAUUUAUCAUGCUAUACUGCUGUCUAAAUAAUGCAAUAAACAAGUUUGAUUAAA